CACACACAGGAUCCUGCACCUAUCCUGUCCCACCCCCCCACCCCCCAAAAAAAAUUCCACUGGAUCAAGUUACAUUGCAAGAAGAAGAUGAUGGAGAAACGAAGAACCCAACCGGAGACCCGGUGUGAAACGGCGAGCCAGCCCGGGCUUGGCGAACCCUGUUCAAAGCAAAUCUUCCCCGGAGUCGUUAGGAUGAAGACGGCGUGAGUGGAGGUGCACUUUUGGCAAGGUGGUGGGGGAGGAAGAUGUCGGUGCCGCUGCUCAAGAUCGGCGUGGUGCUGAGCACCAUGGCGAUGAUCACCAACUGGAUGUCGCAGACGCUCCCCUCGCUGGUGGGGCUGAACACCACCAAGCUGACGACGGCGCAGGGUGGCUACCUGGACCGGAGCACCGGAGUGCUGCCGGCAAAUCCAGAGGAGUCGUGGCAGGUUUACAGUUCGGGCCAGGACGGCGAGGGUAGGUGCGUCUGCACUGUGGUGGCGCCCCAACAAUCCAUGUGCUCCAGGGAUGCCCGCACCAAACAACUGAGGCAACUGCUAGAGAAGGUCCAGAACAUGACCCAGUCCAUCCAGGUCCUGGACCAGAGAACUCAGAGGGAGCUCCAGUACGUGGAGAAGAUGGAGGUGCAGCUCCGCGGCCUGCAAACUAAAUUCAGGCAGGUGGAGGAGAACCACAUGCAGAAUAUCGCCAAGCAAUACAAGGCCAUAAAGGCGAAAAUGGAGGAGCUUAGGCCGUUGAUACCCGUGUUGGUGGAGUACAAGGCCGAUGCCAAAUUGGUAUUGCAGUUUAAGGAGGAGGUCCAGAAUCUGACGUCAGUGCUAAGCGGGCUGCAGGAGGAGAUGGGGGCCUAUGACUUCGAGGAGCUCCACAGCAGAGUGUCAAAUCUCGAGGAGAGGCUGCGAGCGUGCAUGCAAAAAUUGGCAUGCGGCAAACUGACCAGCAUCAGCGACCCCAUCACAGUCAAGACGUCGGGGUCCAGGUACGGCUCCUGGAUGACGGAUCCCCUGGCGCCUGAAGGAGACACGCGGGUCUGGUACAUGGAUGGUUACCACAACAACCGCUUCGUGCGGGAGUACAAGUCCAUGCAGGACUUCAUGACGUCGGACAACUUCACCUCGCACCGUCUCCCCCACCCGUGGUCCGGAACGGGCCAGGUGGUCUACAACGGCUCCAUCUACUUCAACAAGUUCCAGAGCCACGUCAUCAUCAAGUUUGACUUCCGCGCCUCCGCCAUCAGCAAGUCCCGGCAACUCGACUACGCCGGCUUCAACAACGUGUAUCGCUACGCCUGGGGCGGCCACUCCGACAUCGACCUGAUGGUGGACGAGGGGGGCCUGUGGGCCGUCUACGCCACCAACCAGAAUGCCGGCAACAUAGUCAUUAGCAAGCUGAACCCCAGCACGCUGCAGAUCGUCAAGAGCUGGACCACCAACCACCCCAAAAGGAGCGCCGGCGAGUCCUUCAUGAUCUGCGGCACGCUGUACGUCACCAACGGAUACUCGGGAGGCACCAAGGUCUACUAUGCCUACUCCACCAACUCUUCCACGUACGAAUACAUAGACAUCGCCUUCCAGAACAAGUACUCGCACAUCUCCAUGCUGGACUACAACCCGCGGGACCGCGCCCUGUACGCCUGGAACAAUGGGCACCAGGUGCUCUACAACGUCACGCUGUUCCACGUCAUCCACUCAGAGGAACUGUAAUCGUGGUAAGACGGCAAUGUACGAUAAUAUAUCUGCGAAAGAAUGAAUGUACACAGAGGACUUCGGGGGGAGAGAAAAAAUAUAUCUAAAAAUAUCUGAUUGUUAGAUUUAAAACAAUUAAUUUUCUAUACUUAAAGAAAAGAUUCUACUAUGUCUAUUCUAGCUAGGCAACAGUUAACAUUAUUUUCUAGUUGCCAUCCUUUUGUCAGUUUGGAAUGAAAACCUUUGUUUGUUUACCGUGUAGAAAAUGAUUGUAAAUGUAGACUACAUCUAUAUAAAGCUAAUAUGUGUAUAUCAGAUUUAAAGUAAUACAAAACAACUUGCCAAAAAAAGGAGAAAAAAGUCUUUUUUUCCAUCAUCAACCUGCGCUCAUUCAAAUGGUUAUGAUUAUAAUAUAUAUAUAUAUAUAUAUAUAAUAUAUAAAAUAAUCCUCAAAGUGGGUCCUGAAACAAAGACCAUUAUUGCUCAGCGAAACAAAAAAAAAAAAAACAGUCUACAAUGAAUAGACUCGUGCACGGACUUGACAGUACAUUGUGUCAUAUCGUUUUCGAGUAUCGUAGCAAAUAAAGGCCGUGGAGGACAGCGACAAUAACGACCGAAGGCCCCGACUGUUGCUGGGCUCUCUCGACGAAGCUCAUUGAACCCGUGUUGUUGGUGCGCACUACAUGUGGGGGGGGGGGGGGGGGGGGGGAAACUUUCUUUGCAUGACUAUUUUUUACCGCUACUGAAUGUCUUUUGCUGUAUGAUAGCCUACUAUUUAAAAAAUAAAUAAAUAAAUAAAGGACCAUGGUGGAGUUUGGCUUUGGGAAUUUUUACAUAUUUAGCUGCUUCUUUGUAAUUAUUUAUUGCUUUGUUUGACUAUUCGUUUCUUUUUGCAUCACCGUACCUGUCCCAGUCUGUAGAUUUCUGUUUUGUUUUUUUCCAGCGCAUGGGAGGAAGCCGAAGAAUUAAAAAAAAAAAAAAAAAAAAAAAAACAGAAACAUGACAGAAUGUCUCGGAGAUUGUCAUCUGAAAUUCACUCAAAGCACCUGUGGUUGAAAUUCCAUUAUUUUUGUUCCACGUCACGUAUAUACUUGUGAAGGACAAAACUGUUUUCAAUGUAAAAAAAAAAAACGCUUUUCCAGCUGUACUGGACGUGUUGUACCUGAGAUGAGAUUGUUAACAAUGUGUGUCAAUUAAAAA